AUGAAGAACAUUAUCAAAAAUAAGAAUCAUCGACAAUCAGCUUACUUAAAGGUAUCCUGGAACAUACUAAUGAACAAUUUAAAAACAGAUCUAAACCAUCCUCUUAAAAAAAGAAAUGAACAAAAAUUCGUCUAUACACGAUUACAUCUAUUCAAUGAAGAAUUUACUUUAAAUCUUAACCAAGAUAUAUGGCAAUCAUAUUUGGAUCUUGGAUCACAACAACAAUACCCACAAGUCUGGCCAAGUGAAAUCUAUGAAAUGGCUAAAACCAAUGAACCUGAUUUAUGUAAACAAUAUAUGGUGAAAUCUUUAAAUGAAAUUAAAAUUCAUCUUGAUGUAUGCUGUACUAAAUUAAAUACACAAGAACAAUCAUGGAUAUCAACACUUCCUCCACUAGAAAUGCUCGAUGAUACUCUUAAACAAUUUGUUCGUCUACAGAACGAACAUUUAUCCAAAACAAUAAAUAAACAAUUAACACAUAAUUUCGAUCCUCUGGAUCAUUUGAUUCAAUCUCGUCUUUAUAAACCUGUGAUUCAUGAUAUAACUUCUAUUGAAUUCAAAAAUCAAAGUGAUAGAACUAUACAACAAGUCAAACGUACAUGGUUAAAUAUUUACAGUAAGACGUAUGAAAUGAAAAUUCAAGAAUAUGAAGAACAAUAUAUAGAACAUCUACAUAUGUUUCAACUACGAUUUCAAUCCAAAGAUAAUGUCGAUAAAAUAUUUCGUCUCAAUUCAAUUAAAACUUAUCUAAAUAGUCGAAAACAAAGAAUGAUUAAAGAGAUCUAUAUCAAUAUGUCAGAUUAUCGAAAAAAAUUAAUCAGUUAUCGUAAACGUUUAUCAAAAGCAAAGAAUACUAAAGACGUAUCACCGAAACCAAUUUUCUAUCUAUUAUAUAAUCCUUUCAAUGAUCAGGAACGUGAUCAUUUUUGUAAAGGUCCAAAUUAUAUAAGAAUGAAUCAAAGUGCUGUUGAGUCUUGUAAGAAACGAAAGCAGCUAACUAAGAAAGAACAUGAUAACAUUAUCAGCAAAGUGAAAGAUUACCUUGCUACAUAUCAUCGUAUAGAUCGGACACUACCAAUUUAUGAUAUUUAUUCAGAAAAUCUUCAAUAUUGUCUUGAUGUUCGUUAUAUGACUCCAUUAUCAAUCUCUGAUCAAAUUCGUGCUCAACGUGAAAAAAAUAUUGUUAAAUCGAUUCAUCAAAAAUUGAAAAAAUAUAAACAUCUUGUUCGUGUAACCGACAAAAGUGGUGUAUUUUGUGUUCUUCGUACUCAAGAUCAUGAACAAAAAGCAAUUGAAUAUCGUGAAAAAACGAAAGCUUAUAAAGAAUUAUCUUCGAAUCCAUUUGAAGCAACAUUAAAUAAAGUUAUACGAUUACUCAAUGAUCUUCAUGCGAAACACAAAAAACUUAGAACUUGGCAAUAUAAUGAAAUGUGCCCCAAUGUAAAGACAUGUAAAUUGGCUUACAUGUAUUUUAAUUCGAAAACACAUAAGGAUGGUACGCCAUUUCGACCAAUCAUGAAUACUAUUGAUUCACCAACGACGAAAAUUUCACGUCUUUUAGAUCGAUUAAUUCGACCAAUAUUUAAUGAAAAAGUUACAGAUACAAAUAUUAUUGAUGGAGCACAUCUUAUUAAACGUCUUCGUCAAUAUGCCAAUGAUGGUCAUUUAAAACCAACCACUUUAUUCUGUACAUUUGAUAUUAACAAUUUAUAUACAAUGUUACCACAACAAGAAUCACUCGAUAUUCUUGUAGAAUUUCUUCAAACUUUUGAAAAGUCACACGUACAAGGAAUAGAUCUUGCAACUCUUCGUGAAUUAGGUCGUAUUGUAAUUGAAGAGAAUGUUUUUGUCUAUCGUAACAAAUACUAUCAACAGAUUAUUGGUGGUGCUAUGGGAUCAUCCUUUACAUUAACUUUAGCAAAUAUCUUUAUGUGGAAAUG